GGAAAGAGAGAGAUAUAGAGGCGGUGGGAAAGCUUUUUAUAUGAGUGAGGAGAGAGCGUGUGUAGAUGCCAUGGCUGAAAGAUCAACGACGAAAGAGUGCUGCCUCUGUGGAGAUAUCGGCUUCUCCAACUCACUUCUUCCCUGCCCUUCAUGUGGUUUCAGAUUCCAGCACACGUACUGCAGUGGGUCGUACCCGAAGAUAGACAUGGAGACAUGGCGGUGCGAGUGGUGCCUUCACGACGAAGCAAAGAAAGGAGGGAAGGCUUUCAAGUUCCUAGUCGAGAUACCAGAGUCGUCGCUGCCCGAACGAGAAGAAGAUCAAUCUCCCUCAAACCCUAAUGACGAAAAGAGGAUCCGCCGGAGGAGAGAGUCGAGAGACUAUGACAAGCGCCGCGGAAAUCCCAAGCGCCCCAAGUCCUUUGAUCGAUGUCGCCGCCUCAACUGCAAUUCCUCGUCUUCCCCUCGCGUUAUCGGCCGUCGUUACAAACUCCUCGCCGAUGUUCUCUGCUGAUUUUCUCCUCUUUCUUGUUUAUAGUUUUUCUUUCUUUGUUCUUUUUUGUUUUUAAAAUAUAUAUGUAUAUAUAAAGAGAAAAUGUGAUAUA